AUGACCGUCUCUAAAGUUUACGCUAGAUCUGUUUACGAUUCUCGUGGUAAUCCAACCGUCGAAGUCGAAUUAACCACCGAAAAAGGUGUUUUCAGAGCCAUUGUCCCAUCCGGUGCUUCUACCGGUGUUCACGAAGCUCUAGAAAUGAGAGAUGGUGACAAAUCUAAAUGGUUAGGUAAGGGUGUCUUAAACGCUGUUAACAACGUUAACAGUGUCAUUGCCCCAGCCUUCGUCAAGGCUAAUAUUGAUGUCAAAGACCAAAAGGCUGUCGAUGACUUCUUAAUCAAGUUAGACGGUACUGCAAACAAAUCUAAGUUAGGUGCUAACGCUAUUUUAGGUGUUUCCUUAGCUGCCGCUAGAGCCGCCGCUGCCGAAAAGAAUGUUCCAUUGUACGUUCACUUGGCCCAAAUUUCCAACUCUAAGGACAACAAUGUCUUACCAGUUCCAUUCUUAAACGUCUUAAACGGUGGUUCUCACGCUGGUGGUGCUUUAGCUUUACAAGAAUUCAUGAUUGCUCCAACUGGUGCCAAGAGUUUUGCUGAAGCUUUAAGAAUCGGUUCUGAAGUCUACCACAACUUAAAGUCUCUAACCAAGAAGAGAUAUGGUGCUUCUGCUGGUAAUGUUGGUGAUGAAGGUGGUGUUGCUCCAAACAUUCAAACCCCUGAAGAAGCUUUAGACUUAAUUGUUGAUGCUAUCAAGGCUGCUGGCCACGAUGGUAAGGUUAAGAUCGGUUUAGAUUGUGCCUCUUCCGAAUUUUUCAGAGAUGGUAAGUACGAUUUAGAUUUCAAGAAUCCAAACUCUGAUAAAUCUAAAUGGCUAUCCGGCCCAGAAUUAGCUGACUUAUACCACAGAUUAAUGAAGAAGUACCCAAUUAUUUCUAUUGAAGAUCCAUUCGCUGAAGAUGACUGGGAAGCUUGGUCUCACUUCUUCAAGACUGCUGGUAUCCAAAUUGUUGCCGAUGAUUUAACUGUCACCAACCCAGCUAGAAUUGCCACCGCUAUUGAAAAGAAGGCUGCUAACGCUUUAUUAUUAAAGGUUAACCAAAUUGGUACUUUAUCCGAAUCCAUCAAAGCCGCUCAAGAUUCUUACGCUGCUGGCUGGGGUGUUAUGGUUUCUCACAGAUCUGGUGAAACUGAAGAUGUCUUCAUUGCUGACUUAGUCGUUGGUUUAAGAACCGGUCAAAUCAAGACUGGUGCUCCAGCUAGAUCUGAAAGAUUAGCUAAAUUGAACCAAUUGUUAAGAAUUGAAGAAGAAUUAGGUGACAAGGCUAUCUACGCCGGUGACAAGUUCCAACACGGUUCUAAAUUAUAA